CACUUGAAAAGGUGUCUGGGAUAAUCGUACUUAACAUUAUAGCUAUAUUGCAAGCAAGGAAUGCUUGCAAAAAAGAACGCCUACAUGGUAAGAGCCAUACUUGAAAAGGUUCUAUCUUACAACAAACAAUUACGAAACAAACAUUUAAGGGUAAAAAUACUUUAUAAAAAAGGAAACUAAUACACCUAUUAACCAAAAUAUUUUCAAAAUAUUACUCCCACAAAGUCUGAUUCUCUCAUAAUUAGUUUAGAAAAAAGAAGAAAGAAUGACCAGUUCAUCCAUUAAAUUAACAUCUACAUGGCCUAGAAAGUUACUGUUGCAAGAAGUGCAACAUCUAGCAGCAGUUUCAGGCAAAGUUGAAGAACUUUAAAGUGAGUUUGAAUGGAUGCAAUGUUUUCUAUAUGAUGUAGAUGAGAAGCAGAAAAAAAUGCUUUACUUCACAAAUGGGUAUCUGAUAUCAAAGAUUUAGCAUUCAAAGCUGAAGAUCUUAUAGAGACUUACAUAUUGCACAUUGUGCAUAAACCACAAAAUCAUGCCUUUUUUGGUUGGGAUGGCCUUAAAUGGUUAGCCUGUUAUUGGAAGAAUGUUAAGCCUCUACACAAUAUUGGGUCAGAUAUUGAUGUUCUUAAUGCUAAGAUAUCGAAGAUGUCUUCGAGGUUACAAGCAUAUGGCAUACAGAGCUCCUAUAGUAUGUACAACCACUCCUCCCUUGUUGCAAAUAGGAAAUUUCUCGCCGAGGAAAGACGAACCUAUCCUCAUGUUGGUGAUAAAGAAGUUGUCGGCCUUGAUGAAAGCGUAUCAAAAUUGAUGGAUACAUUAUCAAGAGAUGGUCAACACGCUGUUGUGGUUGUUCAUGGAAUGGGUGGCAUCGGAAAAACUACUCUUGGAAGGGAGGUUUUCAAACAUAGCAAUAUAAAGGAUCAUUUCGACGAUUGUGCUUGGACAUAUGUAUCUCAACAACCUCAACAAAGACGUCUGUAAGGAUAUUGCCGAUCAACUCAUCACAAACCACGAAGAGAAGAAGUUAGUUGAGGAAUUAGAAGAUACAGAAUUACAUGGGAAACUUUGUGAUAUGCUAAAAAAAUAAAAUUACUUGGUUAUUCUUGAUGACAUUUGGUAUAGUAGAGAUUGGAAUUACCUUAAAUCUGCUUUUCUAAUUAUUCACUCUUCUCAUGGUAGCAAAUUAUUGAUUACAAUGCGUAAUCCUCAAAU